AUGUGUGCGGCGCCGGCGGGAGAUUCUGCGCCCUCUCACUUCACGAAUGGGCUCGAUCUUCAUUUCGAUUACAAUGGCGACUCAAGCAAAUCUGCAGCAGCCAAGAAAAAGAAAAAGAAGAAGAAGAAGAAGGGCUCCUCGCUGCAACUAGAAGACAUGGAGCUAAGCGCUGCAGGCAGAACUGCAGCCUCAAUCCCUCUUUCAGCAGUAGAUUUAAAUGAUCCAGAUGCAGAAUACCCCGAAGACAGAGUUAUAAAAGUCGAUGCGAGCGGGAAUCUAAUAGUCGAAAGUCUAGAUCAACCGAAAUCCUCGCAUGUAGCCAUGGGCCAUUCUCUCACACCUGGCGCUUUCAGUUCACAUAAUCCACAAGAUACCCAACAGACUUUCUUGAAGCUACCUGGAAAUCUAGAACGAAGUAUGUUUCAUUUCAAAGACGAGAAAGAGCGUCAAUUCUGGAACGAGCUACCCGAGGAUGAGCGUCAUCAAAUCCUAGAUAUUAAUGUGGAUAUGGUCAUGGAUCGCUUCCGCCAACAGAGAAAGAGCCGAGCUAAUACAAAACCCAUGAAUGAACCAAGUUGCAUAAAUUGCAACGAAAGUAAGUUCUACAUUCAAGAAACCUUGGAAAAUGCAUAUAUUCCACAUUUGGAAAGUUUCAUAGAUUCUACUUGGAAUAUCUCUGAUACGGAGAGUUCAAGGCUCAAAGUUCCAAAGCCUGCUUCUAAACUACACCCUAUAUCGAGCCUGAAUCCACUUGAUGAAUUCUCUCAUUCCGCGGAGGAUAUGCCUGCUUUCGGUGAUAGCCUAACGAAUAACUCUUCAUUGAUUUCUAAACUCGCAAACUGUUCUAAUCACAAAAGUGGGACCAGCGACAUUGAUCCUCACUUGAAGGAUCUUGUGAAUGAGAUGAAGAGGUAUUUCUGCUCUUUUAGUGGGACCGCUACUGACCAACCUGACUCUUCGCUUUAUACCCAAAAAUUCAUAGAAUGCUUGUACAAGUUUUCAAAAGAGGGCAAGGAGGGCCUACCCAAAGCUAUAGCCUACUUGAAGAAUGUCUACAGCACGGAGCAGACCUCCAAUCCCGAAGUGGCAAAUAUGGCGGAUAACAUGUCUUCUUUCGCUGAUAUGCUCAUGAAAGACGAUGGUCAAAACUUUCUCAAUAUGGUCGAAUACAUCAAAAGUGGAGACGGAGAGAUAAACGAUCUCGACAAGGCGAUAUCUGAUUUAAAUCCUUUUGCAUUGAAACAGCAUGAGCCAGUAGAGAAUCUACACGAUAAUCUGAUCAGUUCAAUGACUAUUCCAAAAUCUGAAACUGGACAUUUUCUGAAGUCUCUCUCAGUCUCUUCAGACUCGCAAGUUCGAGCUGCUUUCGAAGAGUCUGGCGAACACAAUCAUGGCAAGGAUAAAAACGAAGACAGCAAUGAUGGAAAUGAUAUUGACUAUGAUGACGAUGACGAUGACGACGAUUUGGACGACGAAGACGAGUACGAUGAUCAUGAUAAUGAUGAAGAUGAUGAUAUCAACUUCUCUGAGAAUAGCCAAGAGCGUUUAGAAGAACUACGGGGCUUAUUCAUGAUCCAGGCAAUUCACAUGAUUCGUGAGAAGUUUCGGACACAUUAUGAAAAGAAGCUCUCGGAAGAUCGAACGAAUGAAUUCAUGAAAGAGCUCGAAGCAGAGGAGAAUGCCAAAAAAGAGCGUGAGCUCAAAAAGUUAAGGCAAAAAGAAGAGCAAUUGGAGAGAAAACGUCUACAAAAACUCACAAGAGAAGAUGAGAAGAAGCGGCGUGAAGAUGCUGAGAGGGAAAAAGCACUAGCGAUUCAGCAAAAGCAAGAGGCGCUUCGCUCUGAGCAACUUCGUCGAAGAGAAGAGUUGGCACAAAAGAAGCAGCAAGAGAAAGAACGGAAAAUCGAGAUUCUUAGAAGAAAGGAAGAGGAGCAGAAAGAGCUCAAAAGAAUUGAGGCUGAAAAGAUAGCUGCUGAAAAGGUGGCUGCUGAAAAGGCUGCUGCUGAAAAGGUGGCUGCUGAAAAGGCUGCUGCUAAAAAGGUGGCUGCUGAAAAGGCUGCUGCUGAAAAGAAACUUGCUGACCAGAGAAACAUGGAACGACAAAAACUGGAGACUGUGUGCAAAACAUCCACUGGUAAUACGCCAAGUGAAACUGUGCAAUCAAAUGAUCAAGAUGCUAAGAAGUCAAUGGUCAUUGAAGAUAGUACCCUGUUGGCAGGACAAACAGUGAAUACUGCGGUCAAAGCUUCGCAAUCAGAGAGGCUGGCAAGUCUGAACUCCUCGCACCUGGCAACUGAAGCUCCCGGAAUCAUCCCCAGCUUCCCACUAUCACAGUCUUUGGGUUCAAACUCGACACAUAAUGAUCUUGGUGAUGAGUCCAGAAAUUCUAUUCCUGCUGAUGGCAUUUUGAGCAACGAUUCUACUGGAAGUGGCCUUCAAAAUACGAUCACGCCUGCCACAAACCACCUUCUCGAGCAGUUAUACCAAGCUCAACCACCUUUGAGCAUUCCAUCUAUCCCUUCGCCGGACUGCUUUGACCUGUUACGGAGUCCUCCUGCCAUAAGUUCGCAUCGACCACUCAAUGAGCCCUCUCAAUUGCCUGAUCUUUGGGGCUCUUCGGCAGAAAGACUGGCUCGGUCUUCCUUGCUUGAAACUCAAAACAACCCAUUGUGGAAUCUGGGCUAUAGCAGAAGUAGCUCAAUUUGGGGAAACUCCGCUCCCCUGGCGUCAACUUGGGGAGUCCCACCUACGAUACCCAACAACGAAGUGAUGGGUUCUCAAAUGCCCUCAAUAUUCAUGCCGCCAUCUCAAAGCUCCAUGCAUCUGCCUCUUCCGCCCAUAGCUAAGUUGCAGUCAAAUUUGAAUCAACUGUUAAAUGGCUUUGGGUUCCCGGAGGCCAGUAAGGAUGAGAUUCAAGCUGCUGCUGUUGAAUCAUACCAACUCAUGCUGCAGCGUGGUCAAUUGCUGUUUGGUGCAGCACCUGCUUUAUCUCUAUUCCUGUUAGCGAAAAGUCUUUUGCAGCGGCCCACUCUUCCAUUUUCUGAAUUUCUUCGGUCAUUGAACUCAUCGAAUUACGCAAUUUUCGAUCUUGUAUAUGAUGACUUUGGGAGUGUCACACACAUAAAAGUGUCCCGAAUGGACCAGAUUCCCGCUCACUCACGAUUCGAAUCUGACUCGCAGAAUCCAUCAGUUUCAUUUAUUUCCAAUCCAAACACGGGGCAACCAGGUCAAAACUACCGACUUGAUCCCUUGUCAACCUUGAACUCAUUUCAAGACCCGGGGCUUAGGUAUGAAGUCCCCAAAGAUGAACCUGUGACAAAUAGUCAAAUGUGGUAA